UUGUGUGGCUGCCUUUUGGAUAAAAAGACCCCUGUCUCUCCUCGCCCACUAUGCGGAGGCUUAACGACACCGAUUCCGUCCGCAUAGAUCGUAUAUAACGGCUAUUAUUUUAUGGAAGGUGGGACGAGGGAGAGGGUGUGAGGCUGGGGGGAAUCGGGACAUCAGCUGAGCAGGAGAGAGGAGCGUUAGCAAGCUAGCUAUCGUGACAGUAACGGGUAUAACGGAUCAGUGACUUUUCCGUACAGUAGCCCGCUGGUUCAGUUCAGUUAUCAUGGCUACGAAUGGUAACAGUGUAACGCCUGGGAUGGGGGAGAUCAUCCAGUUAAACGUCGGUGGGACAAGGUUCAGCACCUCCAGACAGACUCUGAUGUGGAUCCCAGACUCUUUCUUCUCAAGUUUGCUGAGUGGAAGGAUAUCUACUCUUCGGGAUGAAACUGGAGCUAUAUUUAUUGACAGAGACCCUACAGCUUUUGCACCAAUUUUGAAUUUUCUUCGAACCAAAGAAUUGGACCUGCGGGGUGUCAACAUCAGCGUCCUGCGACAUGAAGCAGAGUUUUACGGGAUAACUCCUUUAGUACGCCGCCUGUUGCUGUGUGAGGAACUGGACCGCUCGUCAUGUGGUAGUGUUCUCUUCCACGGCUACCUGCCACCCCCAGCGGUCCCCGCCCGUAAAUCAAGCCCUGCCUCAGCAACCUCUGACUCCUCCUCCGAAGAAAGGCCAGGUCCAAGUGGAGCAGAGGGCUUCACCCGUGUCGGCCCCCCUCCUCACCCUUCCCUCCCUGGCUCACCUGGAACAGAUGACAACCACAAACUGGGUCCUGUAGUUGAUCCCAGGAAGGUGUUGAUUAUAGCAGGACACCACAACUGGAUUGUAGCAGCUUAUGCACACUUUGUCAUCUGCUACAGGAUAAAGGAAUCAUCUGGAUGGCAGCAAGUGUUUUCCUCCCCCUACCUUGACUGGACCAUUGAACGCAUCGCUCUUAAUGCUAAGGUGGUGGGUGGCCCGCAUGGAGACAAGGACAAGAUGGUGGCCGCUGCCUCUGAAAGCAGUAUCAUCCUCUGGAGCAUCCAAGAUGGAGGCAGCGGUAAUGAGAUAGGUGUAUUCAGUCUCGGUGUACCUGUUGAUGACCUCUUCUUCAUCGGGAACCAGCUGGUGGCUACGAGCCACACGGGGAAGGUGGGGGUGUGGAAUGCCGUCACACAACACUGGCAGGUUCAAGAUGUGGUUCCCAUCACCAGCUGUGACACAGCAGGAUCCUUCCUACUACUGGGCUGCAACAACGGCUCUAUCUACUACAUAGACAUGCAGAAGUUUCCGCUGAGGAUGAAGGACAAUGAUCUUCUGGUGACUGAGCUUUAUCAUGACCCUUCAAAUGAUGCCAUCACUGCGCUGUCUGUCUACCUCACACCUAAAACCAGUGUGAGUGGGAACUGGAUUGAGAUAGCCUACGGGACUAGCAGCGGUGCAGUGAGAGUGAUCGUGCAACACCCAGAGACAGUGGGAUCGGGCCCCCAGCUCUUUCAGACAUUCACUGUGCACAGGAGCCCAGUGACAAAGAUCAUGUUGUCUGAGAAACAUCUGGUGUCAGUGUGUGCGGACAACAACCAUGUUCGGACGUGGACGGUGACCCGAUUCAGAGGGAUGAUCUCCACCCAGCCAGGCUCCACCCCUCUGGCCUCCUUCAAAAUACUGUCCCUGGAGGAGACAGAGAGCCAUGGGAGCUAUUGCUCUGGGAAUGAUAUAGGUCCGUUUGGAGAGAGGGAUGAUCAGCAGGUUUUCAUCCAGAAAGUCAUCCCUAUCACCAACAAACUGUUUGUGAGGCUCUCAUCAACUGGAAAAAGGAUCUGCGAAGUGCAGUCGGUGGACGGGACCACCAUCUCUUGCUUCAUGGUACGGGAGUGCGAAGGUUCCAGUCGGAUGGGGUCACGACCUCGGCGCUAUCUGUUCACUGGUCAUGGCAACGGCAGCAUCCAAAUGUGGGACCUGACCACGGCGAUGGACACAGCUAACAAAGGAGAGGAGCGGAAGAAGGAGGAUGUAGGUGGGCCUACAGAGGAGGAGCUGCUGCAGUUGUUGGACCAGUGUGACCUGAGCACCUCCCGCUGCGCCACACCAAACAUUAGCCCCGCCCCCUCCGUGAUGCACCACACACGGCUGCGAGAGUCCUGCUCGAGCCUGCAGUUACAGGCCCAGGAGCCUAUUCCUGAAACCCAGGCUACUUAUGGAGCUGUGCGACCCUACAGAGAGAGCCCCCUGCUGGCCCGCGCUCGACGAACUGAGUCCUUCCACAGCUACCGGGACUUCCAGAACUUCAGCCUGAGUCGAGGUGUCCUGGACAGCACAGGCCAGCUGUCCACCCAGGGCCCCAGCCAGGUCCCAGAUGCCCGUCGUUCACUCUGUGACUUUGGGCCUGAGGACAGUGAGAGGAGAUCCUCAGCUAUGGAGCUCUGGGCUUGCCGAACCACUGGUGCAUGCUCUAACACAAACGUCGGAGCUUUGACUGCCCCAGGUGUUUCUGGGGGAAAGGCAGAAGGUGGCCAGGAAACUCCACGGCAACCUCCAGACAGCCCGAUUCCGGGGGGCGACGUUAGGCGAAAGGUGCACCCAUCAGAGGAGGGAGAGGGUGGUGCGGGGUCCGGGGGAGAUGGGGCAAAGGCAGAAGGAGGUGUGAGGAAAAGGGGAGUUCUAGAGGGAGGCUUUCUAGGGAGGAAGAGGGCUCCUCCUGUUCCUCACCUCUCCUCCCUCCCUUCUGGAUCCGAAGGCGGUGGCAGCGACUCAUCUUCAAAUGCCUCCCCCUCCCCAACCAAACUGGCCUCCUCCACCUCGCCGCGACACAGGAAGCUGGCCCCUGAGCCAUCCAAUCAGGACAGCAGCCUGUGAAAGCACACUGUGCCCAUCCUCUUUUUCUUUUAAUCGAAGGAAUCAUAUCAUAGAGGCAUCCUGUUGGUGCAUGUAGGACUUACUGUGUCAGAGAUGAGGAUCUGUUUUUUUUUUUUUUGUUUUUUUUUUUGGGAGCCCACACAUAACGAGUCUGUGUCUCAGCACAGGCUUUUCAAUAUGUUUGCUCCCAAUGCUGGAAAACCUUUAUUUAAACUAAACACCUUUAAGUUAAGCCAGUGCAACCCAAACAUUGUUGUCACACUUUUGACUACAAAACCUGACACGAGGAAGUGGUUACAACAUCCCAGCACGAGCAGCAUGACAGUUCAACCAGAGCAGGAAUGCUUUUUUUCUUUUUGAUUACUCUUGUAAAACGGACUAUCUCUGUUUGGUUUUGAUGUUUACUUUAAUCUUAGCAGAGUGGUGAUGAGAUCAGCAUUCUGAGGCACGAGCCUGAUGAGUAAUUUGCCAGCUCAGUGCUGAGAUUGUUUUCUCUUCUGGUGUUGUUGUUCACUCGACAUCUUAACAAACACACAGUAACUACAGGAACAGGCAAAGGUCUGUUUGCUCUGGUAUUGUCAAGGGUGUGUUGCUGCCUGGUUUGAUUUGAAGCACAAUCAAGUGUCAGGCCACUGAUAAGACUGAAUCCAUUAAUUCAUCAGGGUUCAUU